AUUUCGGAUGAGGUGUUUACCUGUGAGAGACCAGCUGUGGCGUCGUCAACAUUGUGUCGUCUGCCCCUGAUUAUCUUUCCUCUACCUGCACACUCAGCCUCGUCAUUACUCACACCACCUGUCUGUGGUUCCACUACAACAUCAACUUUGUAUAAGCUACAACAAGAACUAGACAUCCACCACCCAGCACAACAUCCUCAGAUAGCUUCUAUUGCUAUAGACCUUUGAAGCAUGGAUGAAGAUAACCCUUUGGAAUGUAAAGUAUGUUUCACCGAGUAUGAUGAAGAGCUACGUCGACCCCGUAAUCUGCCAUGUGGGCACACUUUCUGUACUAGUUGUAUCACUGUUACUAUUGGCAAUAGUCGGCUCACCUGUCCCAACUGCCGUAAAGAACAUUUUGCGACUUUUGCAACUGAGUUUCCUAUCAGUUAUUUGGCAGAGGCACUUAUCAAAUCUCUAAGAGCUGUUCGCAUCUCUGUAACAACAGCAAAAAGACCUAGACGAGAUAGUCCUAAAAUCAUCAGUAAGAAACUGGAGUCGCUAAGAUGUGAUCAAGAAAAUAUUGUCCGAACGUGGAUUACCAACUGCCAGCAGUCAAGAAGUCAACUGGAUUAUUAUGAGGAACAAAUCAUUAAAUGGAAGGAAGACCAUAAUGAUCUUUUGGUUCAAAUUGAGAGAGUGGCUCAACAGAACAAGACAUCACUAAACGACUUGGAAGAGGAGCACCGCAGCUUAAUUGACUUGCGACAAAGUGGGAUGGAAGAGGAGAGACGUCUAGAAGCUGUUCUUAAUUGUCUGACUCAAGCAGACUCUGCCCAAGAGGUUGAUACUGCCAUUGAUGAUGCUGAGGUUUGUGGUGUUGCAGCACAAGACUGGAAUGACAAGUGUCAGAAGUCCUUCCCCAGCAUUUCAACUGUUCACACUUCCUUGUUGGUACGGGAGGCCACCCGGAAGGCCCUGGAGGUGAUCAAGAGUGAGUCUGGUGGAGCUGUGGCUGCUCCUACCCUUCUGGAAAAUUCUGCCGUCACUAUCCGAGAAAAAAUUCACCAGAUUAUAGGAAAUGCUUCACAAAUGGAGAGUGCACCACAGUCAAUGAGUAUCCAAGAGAAAAUAACUGAAUAUACUGUUGACUGUCUGCGCAGCUGUCUUUGCACCCAGAAAAAUUUACUGACGGUAAAACGAAUAUUCGCUGUGGAGGAAGACGAACCAGUACGCUCCGCAAGAAUUUCAAUGAAAGGAGAUAGGAUAUGUCUGCAUUACCUACGAAAUAAGCCUGCGUCCAAUAACACCAAAACUUUCAAGCACAACCAGUUGAUGAGGGUGCUUGAUCCCACUUCCACAGUGGUGUUUUUAGAUCUGGCUUGGGAAGGCUCAUCUGGAGGUAGAGUUUACAUCAAGCUUUCCAACACUGCCACCAAUCAGUGGGCCCAACAGUUUCUUGCCCUGUGCACAGGUCAGCAGGGCCCCACCUAUGCUAACACACGCUUUCUUGGCGUAUUUAGGCACGUGCAUGAGGAGGGAGUGUUGGCAGGGGAUUACGAACAUAAUAAUGGAAAUGGUGGAGCAGCACUCCAGCCAGGCCUGGCAUCAUCACAGUGUUCAGGGAAGUGGACAGAGGGAACAGUGGCAGGACGGAGGGAGGAUGACGAAACGGCAGCACAGUUCUACAUCAUCACAAGAGCCAAUGCAGGAAGUGUAGGUCAGGCUGUCUUAGGUCAGGUGGAGAGUGGCCUGGGGGUGGUAAGAUCAGCAGUCAGUCUCCGUGACAUCAGACAGGUGUCUGUUAUAGACUGUGGUGUUGUCCUGCCUCUCUGACAACAUUGUCUAGCACCUUAGCAUCCAUUCUUGUAAUUUUUUUAUUACUUUCAUCUUUGCUUUCAGAGCUGUUGGCCUUCUCUCUCACUUUCAGUUUACUUAUACUUCCACUAUGAUAACUGUUAUCAGUCAUCUUCUUUCUUACAACUAUGGUCUUAUCUUCCACUAAAGUAACUGUUGUCAUUCCUUUGCCCAUUCCAAUAUGUCAUUUUUUCUCCUUAGCCUAACUAGUGUCACUCCUGCCUUCACUCUUGCUGCUUACACUAUCAUUUUAACUAAAGCAUUUGUUGCUAUAUUGACUCAAAACUGUUGGUUUGGGUUAUUUUUAUUGUGUAGUACCAUACUUUUUAUUCACUAAAGUAACCAGUGUCAACUUUAUCCACAUUCUUUAAACAAGUAUGUCACUUGUUAUUCUGACUUCAGUCUCAUACAAAUUUCACUUAAAUUACCAUUGUCAUUUCUACUUCUGUCAUAUCUCUCAUAAGACUCAUCACUCACUGCCUUCUCUUUGUGAUAUUUGCUGCUUCUUUUAGCCCAGUAGAAACCAAGGUAAACUUUGCUGUAAAUAUUAUAUAGAGUUUUAUUGCUAUCAAUUCAUCAGCUAAUACUUGUAAAGAAAUAACUGCCACUGCAAUACUUUUGACUAUACACAAUAAUAGGAACAGCAUACUUGGAAGACAAUAUUGCACAGGUUCUAGUUUCCCUUAGUGUCUUCACAAUAUUAGCUUCACACUCCAGCAGCACGUCAAAUCCAAAAACAGCUUGUCUUUACUAACCCCAGUCUAACACACUCACAUGCCUUCUGGAUAGUCAGCUCAUUACCAUAUAAAACCUUCACACCUGUCUUCAAACUAUUAAUGGAAGCUAUAUUUUCUUUAACACUCUAAUUUUUUUUUUUUUAACAAGUCGGCCGUCUCCCACCGAGGCAGGGUGACCCAAAAAAGAAAGAAAAUCCCCAAAAAGAAAAUGCUUUCAUCAUCAUUCAACACUUUCACCACACACACAUAAUCACUGUUUUUGCAGAGGUGCUCAUAAUACAACAGUUUAGAAGCAUAUAGUACGUAUAAAGAUACAACAUAUCCCUCCAAACUGCCAAUAUCCCAAACCCCUCCUUUAAAGUGCAGGCAUUGUACUUCCCAUUUCCAGGACUCAAGUCCGACUAUAUGAAAAUAACCAGUUUCCCUGAAUCCCUUCACUAAAUAUUACCCUGCUCACACUCCAACAGAUCGUCAGGUCCCAAUAUCAGAUCAAAUAAAAAAUUAAAUAAUGAAAAAUAUUGAGGAAAAAUGACAGUGAAAAUAUUGAAAUGCAUUCUUCUACCUACAAUACAGGCAGCCUUGAAAAUGUAUGGAUGCAAUUACUGACUGUAAAUUAAUAGCACAAUUGUUCCAAAGCUGCUCUCAUAUUUUUUCUUGGAAUUUCAAAGCAAUUUGCUCAGAAUAUGGGAAAAACCCUUGGUGAGUGAUGUGAAGCAUUGUGAAAUAAGCCUUUUACAGUUAGUCCAGCUUCAGUUUUGGGGAAGAGGGCAGAAAUGUUUGAAGAUUUAAAAGCCAUGACUAUAGAGUGUAUAAAAUACUCAAUAUUUUAUACACUACACCCAAUAGCAUGAUAACUACACUUCCAAAAAUGUUGUUCUAAUCUUAUAAAUACUGUGUUUAGAUUCACAUUAAAAUUAGCAAAACAUGUGCAUAAAGAUUUGGUAAAUGCAUUAAGUGCAUCUUUUUAUUUUUUAGCAAGCUAUACUGGAGAAGGGUGUGUAAAGGAAGAAAGUUGAAAGUGUACAUAGAUAAGAGUAAGGUGAUGAGGGUAUCAAAUGAUUUAAAUAAGAAAAAAUUGGGUAUCAGAUUGUAGGGAGGAACUAAGGAAGUGAAUGUGUUCAGAUAUUUGGGAGCAAACUUAUUGGUGGAUGGGUUUGUGAAGGACGAGGUAAACCACAGAACUGAUGAAGAAAAAAAGGUGGGUGGUGCAUUGAGGUAUCUUUGGAGACAAAGAACACUGUCCAUGGAGGCAAAGAAGGGAAUAUUUGAGAGUAUAGUGAUACCAAUACUCUUAUAUGGGUGUGAAGCGUGGGUGUGAAUGUUGUAGAGAGAAGAAGGCUGGAGGCAGUGGAGAUGUCGUGUCUAAGGGCAAUGUGUGGCAUAAAUAUUAUGCCGAGACUUCAUAGUGUGGAAAUUAGGGAGUGUGGAGUUACUGAAAGUAUUAUUCAGAGGGCUGAGGAGGGGUUGUUGAGGUGGUUUGGUCAUUUAGAGAGGAUGGAGCAAAAUAGGAUGAUUUGGAGAGUGUAUAAAUCUGUAGUGGAGGGAAGGAGUGGUAGGGGUCACCCUAGGAAAGGAUAGAGGGAGGGAGGUAAAAAGUUUUUGUGUGCAAGGCUUGGACAUACAGCUGGAAUAUGUGAGCAUGUUAGAUAGGAGUGGAGACAAAUGGUUUUUGGGCCUUGACAUGCUGUUGGAGCAUGAGCUGGGUAGUAUUUUGUAAAAGGAUUCUUGGAAACCAUUUAGCUGGACUUGAGUCCUGGAGGUGGAAAGUACAAUGCCUACACUUUAAAGGAGGGGUUUGGUAUAUUUGCUGCUUGGAAUGACAUCUGAACUCUCAUAUCUGCAUGCCUCUGCAAAAACAGUGAUUAUGUGUGAAUGAUGGUGAAAGUGUUUCUUUUUUGGGUCAUCCUGCCUUGGUGGGAGACAGCUGACAUGUUGAAAAAAAAAAGUUAAAUGUGUUUGAAAAAUACACUACACUGGUUUUGAUUUUAAACCACCUUGCAGUGAUCUGUGACUCCAUGAGUUCAGUGGAAGAUGGCUGACAUGUUAAAUAAAAUAAUAAUAAUUUUAAACCACAAAUGCUGCCCUAAAAUUUGCUGUGCAUCUUUUUCUUAAAUUUAACUCUAAUGGCAUUAAUAUUGAAAAAUUGAGAAAGAUGUACAAUGCCAAAGAAAAAUUGGCUCAUAACACAGUGGUAGCCCCAUCUGCUCACAAUCAAAUGACCUGGGAGAGACAAGCAGUAUUACAAAAUAUACAGCAAUAAAACUUCAGUUAUAAUUACAGUUCCUAAAAUACUAAUAAUUCUUUAGUAAACAUAAUUGAACGUGCAUGUCAACCAGCUGGCAGAAAACACGCCUUUCUGUUGCUUUUAUUUAAGGUAUAUAAAGGUCAUGUUAUGAAGCACACAUUUCAGUUACCUGGAAAUUACCUGGAGAGAGUUCCGGGGGUCAACGCCCCCACGGCCCGGUCUGUGACCAGGCCUCAUGGUGGAUGAGAGCCUGAUCAACCAGACUGUUACUGCUGGCUGCACACAAUCCAGCGUACGAGCCACAGCCCGGCUGGUCAGGUACCAACUUUAGGUGCUUCUCCAAUGCUUGCUUGAAGACAGCCAGGGCUCUAUUGGUAAUCCCCCUUAUGUAUGCUGGGAGGCAGUUGAACAGUCUUGGGCCCCUGACACUUAUCGUGUUGUCUCUUAACGUGCUAGUGACACCCCUGCUUUUCAUUGGGGGGAUGUUGCAUCGUCUGCCGAGUCUUUUGCUUUCGUAGUGAGUGAUUUUCGUGUGCAAGUUCGGUACUAGUCCCUCUAGGAUUUUCCAGGUGUAUAUAAUCCUGUAUCUCUCCUGCCUGCAUUCCAGGGAGUACAGGUUUAGGAACUUCAAGCACUCCCAGCAGUUGAGGUGUUUUAUCUCUGUUAAGGUCUGAAGUUAUCAGUAGUAUUUUCAUAAAGUAUGAAAGGUACCAUUCUCCUCAACAAUUUGCUUCAGAUUGAAAUGUCAAAUGAAAUAGGCUAAUAUUUUUUGCUUUUUGAAAAUAAAUUGUCCAAAAGUGCUAGAGUGGCAUUUAUUAAUUAAAUUCUGUAGCCCCGGAGAAUAAAAACAAAAAAUAUUUGUGCUUUGUAUAUUCUAUAAUACACUUAACUGCAAGAUUCAACAGUAAUUUUCUGGGAUUCUACUGGACUUUCACUUCUUGGUCAUUGCCAGUAAUGUUGUCCCCCUCUCAUUAUCAUCACCAAUUACCACAAUCAUCUAUUUUUAUUAUCAUCACCAUUUGUCACAAAUCAUUUCUUUGCAUUGUUUAUUCUGAUAAAACUACCAUAUAACUUUCUUACAUAAUGGAAUAUUAGUUUCUCAGAUUCAUCUUAACAAAAUUAUAAUAGAGCAGCAUAGCUAAAUUGAAAUAAAAUUCCCUUCAGGUAUACAGGUACAUUGUCACAAUGACAAUCAUAAAUACAGUCCAUGAAAAGCGUGGAGUAUAGAGGUACCACAAGAGGAGUUCAGUGCAAAAUAUAUAGAAACAGGUUUCAUGUUGCCUGUGCUCAAAUUAUACUGCAGCUUGCAGUUAGAUUUAACACUUCAUAUGUAUGAGAGAUAAAGAACUUUGGACAGGCAAAGACACAUAUUGAAAAGCUCUUAACCUGGAUAAUAAAAGAGGCUUUCUUGAAGAUCUUGCUGAAAAUUUAUGAAGACUGGAAAAUGAAAUUCAGUAGUUACACAUCACACAGAAAAUGAAUAGAUAGAAACAUGUACAGAAGAGGACAAAUGAGACUGAAAUAAUGACACAGCAUAGUGAUCCAAUAGCAGACAGUGAAGCAACAAGACAAGCUCAAAUAUUUUCAGAGAAAAAGACAAAAAAAAAAAAAAAUGCUUUACAGUAAAUAAAAUUGCAA